CCGCCACCGCCACCAACUUUAAUAUUAAAAACCGCAUUUGCGCCUUGUUCAACGUUCAACGUUACAACGUUAACACCCACAUCUUACUCAGCACAGAACUCGCAAACAGAUUUUCCGUGAUCCACAAAGUUCAUAUUAUCAGCUUGACGAGAUGGACGACGACGACGAGCGCUCGACUUCACAAGCGCACACGUCAAAAGGUGAUCAAACAGAUUGGACAGAUGACUCGGAUGACGACUUGUAUCAAUCAAUAAUAUCCGAUAAUGGUGAAGACUAUAUGGACGUGGAAGACUCCCCUCCGCACGAUGAUGUUCGUGACCUUGUCCAAUCGAUUGAAGGGAUGUAUCGGGUCUUGGACUUGAUCAGUGAACAAGGGAGCGGUGGACUAGUGGACAAAAUUAUCAUUGCACAGGAUUCACUCCGGGCAUUCACCAAUACCAUUUGUCCUGGUUCAUAUGUGUCCAUGACGAAAGUCAAGUUCAGCGUGCUGGAUGGCUUGAACGUGAAGCCCAUCGGCAUUUAUGGGAGCAAAGAAGAAAUAGCGCGACUCUUAUUGUCUCUCGGCGUUGUCGACGACCACAUAGCAGCGCAGCUUGUUGUGGACAACAGCGAGGCCAGUGUUUCGAAACCAAACCUUCGUUCUGGGCUUUACAUUGUCCGAACAAAUCGUGAAGCUACUUCCGAUGAACAAUUGUUCGUCGUCUACUGGCCCGAGGAUGCCACUUGGGAUGAUUCAGCUCCUUCAUCCGUGAAACGUAACCGUGUUACCUUUAUGCGGUACCUGACAACAAUGUGCGACCAAAUAAUGGCACUCAUCUCCCCUGAGCAUGCCCGCUCCAUUGUAUGGAUUGGACAGGAAGGCAAAGACACCGUGGUGGAAAUGGACAAAGACGACGACGAGCCUGAUAGAAUGUUCACAUUUGAAGUGAGGAAAACCAACCAGCAGGAAGAAGCCGUAAAGCUACGUCCUGGAUUCAAGGCUACAUCCGUUCGCAUAGCCAUGCCCCAGCCUCACCCGGACGCACCAGAAGAUUUUGGACUGCACAAGCCUCGAUUGUUGCACGGCGAGACUACUCAAGGGUUCAUGACAAUUAAAUAUCUACCUGCCAGGCGGAUCACCGAUGUUUGGAAGCGUAGGUCGGUCACUCGCCUCCAGUUAGGUGAUUGGUUACACAGUGACAGAUUGCGAGUGAAGGAGAAUCUGGAUGCUAACGCGGUGCAUAUUUUACUGAGUGCUGGCCUUCGGAAUCGCUUCCCGCAAUUGUGCGAACAAUGGCGGCGGGAGUCUGCCGAUAUUUCCUCCAAUGUCAGGGCCACCAAAGCAUCAACUGAGGCCAGCAUCAAGACGAAGCUCGAGAAUGACUUGCCUUUUCUCACUCGCAUCUUCCACAGGGAAUUGGUGGACGCCAUCGUUGAGAAAUUUCCCACUUUCACCCAUGGUUCCUUCCCUUCCCCUGACCAGAGCGAACGAGACGACCCUGUAGCUCAAGAUCCGGUUGAACCUGCUGUCGCUCCUUCUAUGCCAACUGAUGGCUCUUCCUUUCAUUCCGCGCAAAGCGAGCAGGCUAGCUCUAAACCCCAAGAUCAACUUUCGACCAUCAUUGAGUUAUACCCAGAAAUAGAGAAAAAUUUUCGUCAAACGUUGCAAAAGCUGCGCAUCGAGAAGAUCAACAGCCACGAUUUCAAGAACUACAAGCAACGAGUCUAUAUCGCGGAAAGCCUACUUCGUCAAUUUCCCGACAUCAAGAUGGAAGGCGAAGACUUCCUGGAUGUAAUCCUGCACGAAGACAUGCGACAUGUCAAGGAAUCUAUCAGGAUGCUAGGGAAACAGGUUUCCCCGCAGCAGCAGCCGAAGGGAUUAGUGAAGCAAGCUUGGAGCAGUAUUAAUUCCUUCAUCUCGUCUGGGCAAGGUUCCCAGUUCGUGGAUGAGACCUUCAGAGUUGCAGAGGCUACUGCAUCUAAGACCAGUGACACUCAGUUGCUCGCUAGGUUGGAUGACAUGGAAAAGCUUCCUAUCAUGAAAAAAGUUGUUGCAGGUACCAGGGCUGCUGCGUUGGCGCAUUUCAGAUCGCUUCUAGCGGCCCAAACGAAGACCUUGGCUCAUGCAUCGUUGCGCAUACAAAUUAAUGAAUCUGUGGCCCGGGUUCAUAGCGAAGCGGCCAUCAGUGAAGAGCAGCAACUGGCCGAAUUACGAAAGAGGUUCAUUGCUGACAUCAAUGCCCAUUCACAGACGGGUCAUCAUUCCAAGCACGCCCUUCUUAUCGAUGCCAUCGAGGAUGGACGAGGUUACUAUCAUGCAGCAUCUCCGGUGCAAAUAACUGGUUCAAGGGAAUCUUUCGAGGAGCCAAAGCUGGAAUGCACGGUUCACCCCAUGCAACUGACAACGCAGGAUCUACAUUCUUUACAGUUAGAUUCUAGUUCGAUUCCCUCACCAAAAUUCAGGAACUCGUUCCCGUUCUUGUUACCCCUUGGUCAUUCAGUGGUGAGGGCGCAAUUACUUCCAGGCGAGAAGAUCCUGCUCGCAAUGACUGAUCGGUCUGGAAACCUGACGGUGUACUUGGAACAUCUCACUGCCAUCGAGGGCGCCUUGACUCACAGCAGCCGUGGGAAAAAGUUGUACCGUGACAAGAUCGGGGAUUUUAUUCUGGCUUUUGACGAGUCAAAGCGUGUACUGAGCGUUGUUGCCACAGAGAAGCUCUUCUUACACAUCUUCGUUUUUGAUGAUACCCUCGGUUUUCAGGCCAGUGGCAGUGCGGUCAACCUGACUCAAUGGUAUCUUGAAGGGACUUCCAUCAAUCAUGCGUGUUUCAUCUGCGGUGGCGAAGAAUUGCUGCUCGUUGAUACAUUAGCACAGGCCAGAGUUUACUCCCUGACGACAAUGCAGUUUAGGCCUGCAACUCUCAACCUCAUUCAGAUUCCAAUGGCAAUUUACUCGACUCCGGAUGGUUCUUGCUUAAUCACGGCUCAUGUUUGCGGGUCUGAUUUGUUCUUAACCGCCUACCACUGGAGCACCUUCGGCUCAACAGAUGGUAUCCCGCUCGAGAUCCCUGAUCUUCCACUAGACCAGCCACUGCUUCUGACUUCACUGACUAGUAGCCGGAAUAUCGUGCAUUUGGUCUCACUCGACGUCGACACUCAAUCAUGUCGAUCUAUUGCUCUCGAUAUCACCCGGAAAGUGACAGAGUUCACCUUCAAAGAAAAGGGUGCCCGAGGAGGGAAUGCAAAGCCCGAGAGCGUUACCGCCCACAACUGUCUCAUAGAUUGUCAUGCCGAAGUGUGGACUCGCUUCCCGGUUCUUCCUGCCGUUCAGCGGGAAACGAUAACGUCGUCCAGUAAAAGGUGUCAGCGAACAUUGGUCUUCGUUACAGAUAUGGACCAUCAUACAUUUGUGCCGCACUUCCACGAUCUUGUUUUAAACUUUGAAAGGAUGUCAAAGAAGCCAACCGCAAAUCUUCUCAAGAGAAUCGCUGUCUCUACAAUGACACACUCUGCUUUUCACCAUGAUCACCUCGACGGUGCGGAGUGGGGCGUAUCAAAAUUUCGUGCUGGUGAAUGGCUGGCGGAAUUCCUCUGUCUCAUUCCUAUCCAGAUCGCUGUGACAAAGGAAAACCGUUUUAUUCCACUCAAAGAUGGCGUGUAUUCUACUGAACUGGAGAAGUCCCUUCUUGGCGCGGAUGUCAACCGCAUUGUCGACUACGUGUCUUUUGGUUGGUAUGAAUCUCUAUUUCAGUCAUACAUGGCCAAAAAGCCUGUCAAAGUUGUGUCAUCUAUGGGUGAACAAUCUGUGGGGAAAAGCUUUUCCUUGAAUCAUCUCGUGGACACAUCUUUCGCUGGAUCUGCGAUGCGCACGACGGAAGGAGUAUGGAUGUCAGUGACCCCGACCAAAGAUACCCUUGUGGUCGCUUUGGAUUUCGAAGGUGUCCAUAGUAUUGAGCGCUCCACUCAAGAAGAUACUUUACUCGUCCUUUUCAAUACUGCAAUUUCCAACUUGGUGCUAUUCCGGAAUAACUUUGCCUUGAGUCGUGAUAUUACAGGACUAUUCCAGUCAUUCCAGUCGAGUGCGACUGUCCUCGAUCCAGCAGCCAACCCAAGUCUCUUUCAAUCAACAUUGGCAAUCAUCAUCAAAGAUGUCGUGGAUUCAGACAAAACAGAUGUCACUAAAGAGUUCGCUCUCAAGUUUCAGAAGAUUGUCCAGGACGAACAAGAGGCAAACUUCAUUUCUUGCCUCCACGCUGGACAGUUGAAUAUAAUUCCAUGGCCGGUGAUCGAGUCGCAGGAAUUUUACCAACUGUUCCCAGCCCUUAAGCGUCGGUUGGACAAACAAAAACUCACUCAUAAUACAGCAGGAGAGUUCCUUCAUACGGUGAAGACCUUGAUGGCAAAACUGAAGGCAAAUGAUUGGGGCGCUCUGUCACAAUCGAUGGCCUCGCAUCGAGCACAACUUCUUCUCGCCCGGUUGCCCAACGCUUUAGCAUUCGGACUGCAGGAGGUUCAUCCUGACACAGAACCUUUGAAGAACCUGGAUGACGAUGUCCCGAUUGACAUGCCUGAUACUUUUCUGGUCAAUUUGCGCGUCGCCCAUGUUCGCGAGUGGAUAUCAUCGAAUGUUGCUCGCUUUCAAAGCGGGCAAGCAAGUAUUGACGAGCUCAUGAGAGCGUUUGAAAGCGCAACAGUGGACUUGAAGAGCAACUUGCAGUUGUGCAAACUGAAGUGUGAAAAUUGCGAACUGCUCUGCAUUCAGAGCAGAUUGCAUGACGGACAGCAUGACUGCCAGACUACUCAUGAUUGCACACAUUCUUGCGAUUUCUGUGCGUCAUCUGGAGAGACGAAGGCUUGCUCUAUGUCGGCGGGACAUCCUGGCUAUCAUAUGCAAGUCUUUCGCGAUCACAUCCGCACACCAACUCACAUUGGAUUCGCCCUUUCCAGAUGUAUUGUAAAUGCGCAUCUCUGUGGUCAAGUUUGCAAACUCUUUGGGAGACGGGGAUGUCUGGAUGAGUGUACGAAGGUGAUCGGUCACGCAGAAGACGACCAUCUAUGUGCUGCUACUGUGCAUGCCUGCGGUCAGCCCUGCGAUCUGUCAAAGCUCAGGUUUGGUGACGGAUCCACUCCCCCUUGCCGCGGUACUUGUGGCAUUCCAAGUGACGUGAACCAUGACCAACACCUAUGCGAUGCUCGACUUUGCUCUUUCCCCUGCCAACUUUGCAAGAGACUCUGUGCGAAUACAGACCAUCUUCAUGGCUUGGAAGACGACGCUAUUCAUCUUUGCGGGGAGGAGCAUUCGUGUUCUAUGCACUGCGCUGCUGAGGGCAUCUGCGAAAUUGAGACUGCGCCACAAUCGAUCGAGGCGACGUUCACGGGAAGGCACGAGACGUUCCAGUAUACGAAGUACUCGCAAGUGGCUAAACGACUGAGAUGUGCCAAGUCGAUACCACCAGGACUGGUAGCACAUGCAGGUCCGCACAACCAUAGUUUGGACCAAAGAGUAGUGCAUUUUUGCAGAACAAAGUGUAAUCACUGUGGUUACUAUUGUACAUCACCGCUCGGUCACCCGCAACAAGAGCAUGAAACGAGACACGGAUCCAUGUCUUCGUCACGAUGGGCAGUUGAUGGCCCUGAUGAUUCGGGUCUCGAGGUCGAAGGUCGUCGCUUCUCUUCAAAUGAUGAGGGCGCACCAAUGAUGUGCAACCUCGUUUGUCAGGCGCUGGGCAGACACGCCCACAUUGACUACUGUCGUGCGGAGGAUGCCGCCUCAUGCAUAGGAAACAAUGAAGCUCAGCAUAUUUUCAAGAGACUGUUACCACACCCGGACCGUCCCAAAGAUUUUUUGACACAUAAUCUUUUCUGGCGGCGGAGUGGCUUCAAAGAUCCAUAUUCUCGGGAGGAACAAACAAACUUUGCAAAAUGUGACGCCAUGUGCAGCGGUCAAGUCUUCUCUGUUGCCGAUCUUUGUUGGUUACUCAUCCUGACACCAGGUCCUGAACACAGUGCUGCACAAGGCAAUGCCGCUCAGCCAUCUUUUUGUACCUUACCUCUCUUUCACGUUCCAAUGGAUCCAAACAACGCCCCAGCGACCCUCGGUCACGUCUCCAACGACGGGCAUUUUUUCUCUUGCAGGAAUCCCGUGGUGAUGCAGCAAGCAUUCCAUGUAAUUUUUGUGGCGGAUAGAUCUAGUUCUAUGAGAUUGACAGACCGACAACCUCUCAGGAAUACUCCUGCCUCAGACAGAAUUAUCCAACGUUCUAACAACAGGUUUGGCGCCGUUCUCUCGUCCCUGUACGGCUUUUGGUCUGCCCGAGCUGCGGCAGUUGCUGGUCGACAAUCAGCCAGACGAGACUCUUACAGUAUCAUCCUAUUUGAUCGGUCCGUUGUGGACGUCGUGGUGAACGACUUCUCCAGCUCGCCUGACCAGCUACUAGACGCUGUGAUACGUCACAACACUUCGGUAGGCACAAAUUUCACUGCUGCGAUUCAACGUGCCCAGUCAGUCAUGGAGCAACACUGGAGCACGGAGAGAACUCCUGUUAUCAUCUUUCUGUCGGAUGGCGAGUGCCCUAUCGAGAACCAAACUGUUCAAGAUUUGUGCCACGCUGCAGUCCGCCUCGGAAAAGCACUAUCCUUCCACUCCGUGUCUUUUGGCACAAAUAGACAUUCCGCGACAUUGAGAAGGAUGUUUCAGGUCGCUCUUGAGAUCCAGAACAAUGCCCCACGAGACCACUUGGCCCCCGCAGCAGUUACACCGUCCUCAUACACAGAAGCCUUAGAUACGGUUCAACUUGCUGAAACAUUCCUUGGAAUCGCUGAAUCGCUCACAAAACCCAGAGGGUCUCUCAUUCAUUAGCAGGAAAGACACGACAGAAUUAUAAGAAGGAAUACAUCAAUGCUGUUUUGUCUUUAUGUCUGAGCAAUAGCUGAAUCAUUAUGGUGCUUUCAAUGAGAGUUCUUCGCAAACAUUACGGCAAGUCUGUCAACUCAAGGAUCUCGAGGACUGAGGUGACGAAGUUCCUCCGGAACGUCUGCCUUACCUAAACAAAGGAUCCAGGCUACGACAACGUUGUUGAUCGACCUCCUUCACACGUGCAUUUCCAUGUUCAAUUUCGGGAUGUUAGUGAUAUAUAUCGCACAAGCACAUGCCGCUUCGUUUCGCAGAUGCAGAGGAUGUUCUCGAUCAUGGGAAUUGAUAACGGUACUGUUGGCUAGCGCGAAGUUGUAUUGUCGUGAUGCUAUGAAGACCAAUCAAUAUAUAGUACAAUAUCUGAUCCCGG